UUUGGUUGCCCCCUAGUGGGAAGAAGCCAAACAAAAUAUACUUAGUUUCGCUUUUCCUCCUCUUCCCGUGAAGAGUGCCGAUCUUCGAAAGUUGAGAAAAGAGACAUCAGCGUGAAACACAUGCAAGAUGGCAGAAGCGGGCAGGAUUGUCAGGGUGAGCGGGCUGCCCACGGACCUAGAAGAUGACAGGCUGAAAGACAAGUUACUCAUUCACUUUCUCAGAGCCAGGAAUGGAGGAGGGGAAAUAGACCAUGUCACGAUUGUGAAACCAACGCCUUUAUGUGCUCUCAUUACCUUUGAGGACAGUGCAGUGGCACAGAGAAUUGCUCAACAAUCUCGGCACAUUCUGGAAAUAGAUGGAAAGAAGUAUGAACUCAAUGCUUCAGAGAGCCCAGAAAGCUUGGACCCAGACCAGGUUGUCUUAAGCUUAACAGCAACGGUUGACUACAGCAGACUUCCUGGGGGAAUCAAGGCACUAAAAAACCUUCAUAAAAGUCAUCAGGAUGUCCAGAUAAAAUCCACUGCUACUGAGAUGUGUUGCACACUGUUUGGCUCGUACUGUAAAGUGCAGGCUGCUUUGGCCGAACUACUUGGUCCCGGAUUCUCAGAGAGCAAAGAAUCAGGUCCAAAUGCCUCCAGCAGGACUUGGUCAUUUCAGACAUCACAGAAGUCUCAAGUGUCAGAAGAUCAGAGCAGAGAACCAACCAGGCAAGAGGAACACAGAGAAGUCGAAGAUGACGCUGAUGUUUCAACAAAGGGGGAAAACUUCACUUCAAGCAGAAAUCGUGCUCUUGGUGGUGAUGACUGGGAAACUGCCAAUCACACAGAUAGCGCAGCUCAGCACUCUCCAACUGCUUUUAUAGAGGAGUCCUCUUUGAUUGUGGAUGCAGACAUGUUCCAGUAUCUGGAGAAGCACUGCAAGAAGGAAUACCAGCAAAUCCUCAGUCAGUUUGGUGUCGAGGUGGUGAAUGAAACAAAUCAAGGCCUGACAACUCUGUUUUUGCAGAUUGCUGGUACAACAGCGUUGGAAGAGGGACAAGAGAGCAUGAAACUAGCUAAACAGGCAAUAAGUCGACUUUACCAGGAAAAUGAGGCAAAGAUCUGUCGAGACCAGCUCCCUAAAACUAUAGUUCGCCCCAGAGGAGGACUGCAAAGGGCACUGGAAAACGUAAGUGCAAGAUAUCCAAAACUUCUUCUGAAUGAAGAUGAGCAGAAUAUUUACUUUAUUGGUAGCAACAAGGAUGUAGCAGAUGCCAGAUACUCUCUUCUAAUGGGUCAGGAGGAAGUUAGAAAUAAAAAGGAAGGUGUUGCCAGUCUUCUUAAUUUUCCUUCAUAUAAUUCUGGCUCAUCACCUUUUCAUGCUGAUGAGGAGCGAUUACCCCAGACUACGCCUCCUACUGAAGGACAGUUGAAUGAAAGGAUAGAUCGGCUACAGAUAUCUGAGGAAGAUGAACAAAGAAUUGAUGGAGCAAGAAGGUAUAAGCUGGCUGCUCGGUUUAAAGACUCAGGACUUUCCGGUUUAGGCAGCUUUUCCUUCCGUCCAAAUUCAUCACCCAGCAGGCAAGCGCACCAGGAACCGAUUCUGGGGCACGAUGUGGUGUCCGGAACAACACAGAUUUCUGGUGAAGGAGUUUCUAGAGCAGCAGCCCAAAAUACUGGAGGGAACAUAUUGUUCAAGACUGCGCACACAUCUUCUCCCUCUUUAUUCUCACCAAUUAAAACCUCUUUAACUACAGAUAUGAUAGAUACCCGACCAAAAGAUUUAGCUGCUCCGUUUGCUUCAAUUCCUUACAGCCUUCCAAAAAGCAGUGCACUUCUACCUUCAGGGUCUGGAUCCACUUUAAAGCGAGCCAGUAGUUUCUCAGGGACACCUCAACAGAAAGCUCAAAUCUUGGGCCAGAAGAGCCAAGACGAUUCCAGCAAACCUUCAGUCGGAGUCCGCGAGCGGUCUUCCAGCUUUAGUAGCCAGACAGUGAGGAAUAAACCGGAAGUCCAUCAUGAAGAGAUCUCAGUUUCCCAGGUUAUAUGGCAAUACAUAAAGGAGGCCUACGGCACCCGGGUGGAGGACCUCACGUCUGAUCUCCAGAUGAAAGAGAGCUCCUCUGAUGGCAAUCAGAAUUUGACUGUUAUCUUAAGAGGGGCUGAUUCGUCCAAAGUGACAUUAUGUCGGGAACGUCUACAGAAGCUUGUUGACUUAGUCAGUGGUGACUUCUCAGUUCAGGAGCUGCGCAUGUCAGAGUUGGGGGUUUCUAGUACCAAAGAUGAAACCUUACAGGCUUGUUGCUCUGAAGUGCGGAGCCGCUUCAAGAAGGUUGUUAUCCACACGAUGAAGAAAAACUUGUAUCUCGUUGGUCCAUUAGAGCUCUGCUCCCAGGUUGCUGCUACGCUGAGGGAGGUAUUUUCUAAAGAACCUGAACAGCACGACUUCUCCGACCAAUUUUUACUAUUGAAUGCAACCCAAAGCAGAAAACAAGCCCCGGACAGUACAUAUCAAUUGCUAGUAUCCCCCCAAGCUGGCAUAGUUGAAAAGAACAGCGAGAGUCAGCAAUGGAAAACAACCUAUGGUAGAGACUUUGGUGAGAAAGGGCUUGUAAAUGGAUCAAAUAGCCAAUCAUCACAGAAGAAAGAGAAAGUCUUCAAGGAAAAACAGGAUGGAAACACAGUUGGAAAGAAUCCUAUGAAUGGUGAUAAAGAGAUAACAUUACAGGCUAACCAACCAGAUGCUACAGAGCAUACACCUGCAGAGACCCAGAGCACCUCAGAGAAGUCCAGGUCAGGUCUGAACGAGCAGACCUGUUUUUGUGGGAAGGACAAGACAACAUUGGUGAGGACCAAGUGUGGAGUCACAUUGUGCCCAGAGUGCCUGGAGAUGUUGCACUCUUACUGCAAAGUCUGCAAUCAGGCAGAGCAGACAUCCCAAGGCAUCUGCGGUGAAAUGAAGAAAUCCAAACUGAGCAUGAGUUUACCAGGUCAACACAAGGGCGGCGUUAUCAAGAUCACUUACCGCAUUCCUAAUGGUAUCCAAGGGGAGGGCCAUCCAUCACCUGGAAAACCAUUUAAGGGGGCGGUAUUCGAAGCCUACCUCCCAGACAAUGAAAAUGCGAAGAAGCUGCUUCCCCGGCUGGAAAAAGCCUUCAGGGGGGGCCUCACCUUCACAGUGGCAGACAAAGGGACAGAGGCCAAGGUCGUCUGGGACUGCAUCCCACACAAAACCAGCUUAUAUGGAGGCAAAUCUGAGAAAGGGUACCCGGAUCCCACCUACUUGACACGUUUGUCCACCAUCUUGACUUCUAAAGGAAUUGCGUAGAAAUCAGCAUGGUCCAAAUUGAAAAAUUACAGAGAAGAAACUUAUACGUGUACGUUUUUAAUAUAAUUUCAACUGUAUUAGUAAUUUGUCUUAUUGUAUUAUGUUGUAAAAUGUCAGUCAUUCCUUAUUUAUCUAUGAAUGUAAAUAACAGAAUUGAGAAUGGAAAUAAUAUGUAUGUAUUUUUAGAUUCUUUUUAAACUAAUGGCUUUUUCUUUUUUUAAGAACGUGCUUGAAUCUCUGAAUGUUUAAUGUCCCGACGUCACAGUUUGGAUCAUUUCGCACAGCAUUUCUGAACCUUUUUUUUUUUCACCAUUUCAACUAAUUCAGUUUUUAUGAGUGUAUUUCUAUGGUAUGAUGUGCACGUCACUGUAAAAAUAGGCACUUUGGAACAUUCUGUGUGGGUUUAACCACAAUACAUCUAGCUAUUUGCAAAGUUCUGCAGGGUAUAAAUAUAAAUAAAAAGAGCACAUUUCCUGACUUUUUUUGAUGCUUUUUUUAUUAGUCCUGGAAAACAUGUAAGGCAUAUGGUAACAUUACACACUGAAGCGUUACAAGCUCUAAAGGCCAUGUGGACAGCAUGGCACCACGCGGUAAACCCAGAGUCAAGCACAGAAGCAGCAUCAGUUCAAAGGGUUUAAAAAACAAAGUCGGGAUGAGGAGUGUGUUUUUCUGUUCUGCUUUUCUCUUUUUAACCCAAAAAACAUCAGAGCGAAGGGAAUGUGGAAGUCACCUGUUGGGUAUCCGCUGUAGAAAAUGACCAGUGCUGACAAAGCUUACGAGAGGAGGGUUGUGAAGUGAGUUUUUCCGAAGCAUUCCCAGAGAUAGGUUAAGAUGUCACACGGCUUUACCAGCUGGCCUUGGCAAUGCCUGUGCUGAAGGUGAGACCAGGGACUCUGCGGUGGACUGGCACGCUCCUCCUUCACACCACAAUACUAUGAAAAACUGAUGAGAAGCUACACACAUGUGCUUUAUUUUCUGGUUGAUUAAACAUGCAUUGUAAUACUGUACUGUACAUGAAAAGCCCUGGCAGAUUGUGCUUUUUUUUUUAGCAUCUCUGCAAUGCAUUACUCUUAAAAGAGACUGCGUAGAACUUAAGAGCUGCAGACAGAUGUUUGAGUGAAUAUGAGCCACUGACUGAUCCUUCUUUCACAUCGGAUGAGAUUGUGAAGGAUAAUCAUGCAGUCGGAGUUUGUGUCAUGAACAUUGUGGCACCGCUGUGUGUGUAUUAGUGGUGAGGAAAACUGCAGUUUGGAAUGACCUGAGAAACCAUAUAAAACAAAAUAAAAAAUGUUAAAAAAUCACGUCAAAGCUCGACAGCGACGUUUCUGUGAGGAACUUUAACGACACAACAAGAGAGAAAGAAGAUGAGGAUUUGAAAUACUGACCUCAACGCUUGUCUUCAGGCCCUAAUUUACGGGUGUUAAUUGGCGCCAUCCCAUCUAGGAAAAUGACCACGCGUUGCCUAUUUUUACAUUGUAAUGCUUUAUUUUCUCCCAAGCUGUACAUCUCUGCGUUUCUCUUGCAUAAAUGUCUGGAAUGACUGAGAAACCACUUCAAGAUGACAUACAAUCCGGCUUCACCAUAGUGGAAGGGCUUCCAGACGGCAGACCAAAGUAGGAAGGGGGUGGGCCUGCUUUUAACCAAAAGAUCCACUUGAGCUCAAACUCCAGACAUGAAGCACCGCCUCACUGAUUAAGAUCGUCUCAAAGGCAUUGGCUCCAUUGAACCAAUGGGGAAAUGCUGGAAGAAAAAAACAAAAACUAAUCUGUUUUCCACAUGCAGAUGGAUGCGUGCAAUAUCAAAUUCCAGAUGUCAAAAUGAUGUUUUAUUCUCUGUGAAAGCGAGUGCAGAGGGAAAGGGGUUUAUACCGGGAGGACUGUUGGCUGGCUGCUAAACUGCUGCACGGGCCAAGAAGCUCUGCAGAUGCAGCGAAGGAAGAGAGAAAUGACUUACAAACCUUCAGCGAACGGAGAGAGCGGCUGUAAAGCGGAAAUGUUGCGUCUGGGGCUGAUCAGCCAAUAAGCUGGGGCCUUGUUGGGCUGUUUUACAGUAUCUGCAUCACUGCACAGCUGUGUGAGAACAUCUGUUUUCCUCACUUUGCUAUACGGACCAUUUGCAAACACGCUGGCAGAAACGUAUGCACAGAAGAAUGCGGUGAAGCUUUGGAUUUUGGGGAAAUCUAGUGAAGUUUUGAGUCCUAAUCUCUCCUUCCUUUUAGUUGUAGGAUAAUCUGAUUCUUAUAGAGGUAACCUUUUUGAAAGGAGAGAAAACAGAAACAGACCUAAGUCUGAGCAACCAAUUAAAACCCACAAACUUUUUGAAAAAAAGUCCCAUUAUUCCCUGAUAUAGAAAACUGGUGCUUUUCUGCAUUUUUCCCCCUCUUCUGGGUUGAUGGAAAUGCACCCCAAGGCAGAUUCUUUUUUAAUAUAUUUUUAUGCACUGUUAAUAUUCAAAGCAUUGACAGAGGAAUAUACAUACAAUUUGGCACACAUGGUUUGGACCAACAGAAAAAACCCCCAACUUUAUCACAUUUAAAAGGAGUGCAGGUUAGCGGGUCCCCACAGAGUACUGUAUGAGCUUUGAACUUUAAACCCUUGGAUAACAAAAAAAACAA